UUCGUAUGUGCUCAAACGUCAAAUACGCAGCGAAAAAGUUUAAGUGCAUAAUAAACCAAGUACAAACUCUUGCGAAUUUCGCAUUUUUCUGCGUUGUUACUGUGCAUACAACUUUAAUUUACUUUGUUUGUCGUCUAUGUUAGUCAUACGACCGUUAGCUAUUAUUGUAAAUUCCUGCAGAUUCGGUAUCUCAAUGCCCAAAUGAAUUUUGAUUCGAUCGUAAAUGUCACAAAUAUCGUUGUUGACGAAGUAGUUGAUUUCGUAUCAAACAUAAAUUACACAGCUGUUUUCGAGGACAUUCUGACUACAAGUGGAAGCAUUUUCAAUACCAUUUGGGAUAAUAUAUCUAGCCCCAUUUCCUUUACAGAAUUGCAAACAUCAUUAGCGACCGUCUUUUUGAUCAUCAUUGCCAUCAAUUUAGCUUUUAUUUGGUUAUCGUGGAAUAAGUACGGCGGUGUUAUAACGGAUCGUUUUAUCAGACCGAGCACAUUGAAAGAAAUCGAGGAACUGAAGUUGUCGGUUGCGAAAUUAAAACUCCCGUGUGAGCACACGCCUAGAAUUUAAAUCGAUUUCAUUGUUACGGCGAACGUCGACUGAACCAACACUAUGGACAAGGUCGAAAGCAAAAUUAAAAAUUUCUUCAAGCGUAAGAAGACCCAGGCACAGUUUAAGUUAGCAGGGCCAGGAAGGAAGUUGACUGAUUCACCAUCAUCAUCUUCGUCCAGGCCAACGAAACACGAUGACGCCUACAUACCUCCCAAAAGGAACGAACUUAGUGCUGAGGCCAGAGCUGCAGCUGAUGCAGCAAUGGCCAGAAAUCAGAAGAAAGACAACCGCAAUUUCAAUACAUCGCUAGCGGCUAUUCAAGCUCAGGUGAGACGAGAAUUGGAAGCCGAAAAGAAGGCUAAACAGGAAGCCGAACAAUCUUCCGAACAAAAACCGGUCGAACAGGAUCGAUCGAAUAUGGCUGUACAGGGUGUGUAUUUCCGAUGUCCGAUGAUUAGCGAUGAAAUACUGCCGAGUAAAGAAUGGCGUGUGAAAAUUAAGGAAUUCCUCUACGAUCAACUGGAGGAUGAGAAAGCUCUGACGGCCUGUCUAAUCAUUCAUAAUUGUAACACAAAAGACAAGGCUGAACAGUGCAUCGAAACGCUUACGAAGUAUCUCGAAAAUAUAAUCAAUCAUCCGGGCGAGGAGAAAUACCGCAAAAUUCGGAUGAGCAACCGUAUUUUCGCGGAGAAAAUUAAACCGGUCGAAGGGGGAUGCGAAUUUCUGCUGGGCGCCGGUUUUCAAGAGCAGGAAAUUGACGGCGAAAUAUUUCUGAUUUAUUCGAGUGAGGACAGUUCGAAUUUAGCGGAAUUGCUGGAUGGUCUGAAGAAUGCCGAGAAAAUUACGAUCGACUUGGACAGGAAUAUUCAGGUGUUAUUGCCGUCACAGGCGCGCAAGAGCGACUUGCCGUUAGACUUUUUCCGAAUUAGCCCGGAAGAAAUCAAAAGGGAGCAACAGCUGAGGACCGAAGCUAUGGAAAGUGCCCAGAUCUUAAAGACCAAAGCGAUGCGUGAACGAGAAGAACAACGUGCAGCCAAUAUGUACAAGUUUUCGUUGAUUCGCGUUCGAUUUCCGGAUGGUGUCAUAUUGCAGGGAACAUUUAGUGUUUAUGAAAAGCUGUCGCACGUGUACGAAUUCGUGACGUCCUGCUUAAAAGACGAAUCGUUUGACUAUACGCUAAUCUCACCCGCCGGCAGCAAACUCGGUGACGACGAAUUGGACAAAUCGUUGUACGACCUUCGAUUGAUACCGAAUUCAGUUUUGAUGUUCACUUAUCCGCAAAUGACCGGCGAUCCACACGGAAACUAUUUGAAGGAAGAGAUUCUAAUGUUGAUUCAAUCGAUGUAAUGAGAGGCCAGCGCUGUUCCUGUUUUUCUGUUUUGUUUAAAAUUAUGAUGUUGUGAUAGAUGUUUGGAUUCACUGCAGCACCACCCACUGUCUCAGCAAAAGGUGUUGAUGUAAAAGGUCAUCGAUUUAUUUUUUAUGAAAUUUAUGCGCUGAAAUUGUUGCACCAUAUUCAAUUUAUCAAAUUAAAAAGUCCCUUGAAUAUUCAGA